AUGGACAGACCAAAUGAGGCAGCUCUGCUUGCUCUAAUGGAGAAGUCAGGCUACAGUAUGGUCCAAGAGAACGGCCAAAGAAAAUUCGGAGGCCCACCCCCAGGGUGGGAGGGCCCUCCGCCGCCCCGCGGGUGCGAGGUUUUCGUGGGGAAGAUCCCCCGCGACAUGUACGAGGACGAGCUGGUGCCCGUGUUCGAGCGGGCGGGCCGAAUCUACGAGUUCCGGCUCAUGAUGGAGUUCAGCGGCGAGAACCGCGGCUACGCCUUCGUCAUGUACACCGCCAAGGAGGCGGCGCAGCGGGCCAUCCAGCUGCUGGACAACUUUGAGAUCCGCCCAGGCAAGCCCAUCGGGGUCUGCGUCAGCCUGGACAACUGCCGCCUCUUCAUCGGCUCCGUCCCCAAGGAGAAGAGGAAGGAGGAGAUCCUGGAGGAGAUGAGGAAGGUGACGGAGGGCGUGGUGGACGUCAUCGUCUACCCCAGCGCCACCGACAAGAGCAAGAACCGCGGCUUCGCCUUCGUGGAGUACGAGAGCCACAAAGCGGCGGCCAUGGCCCGAAGGAAGCUCAUCCCAGGCACGUUCCAGCUGUGGGGCAACGCCAUCCAGGUGGACUGGGCGGAGCCGGAGAAGGACGUGGACGAGGAGACCAUGCAGCGGGUGCGCGUGCUGUACGUGCGCAACCUCAUGAUCUCCACCACGGAGGACACCAUCCGUCGCGAGUUCAGCCGCUGCAAGCCGGGCGCGGUGGAGCGCGUGAAGAAGCUGACGGACUACGCCUUCGUGCACUUCUACCGGCGCGGCGACGCCGUGGACGCCCUGCGGACCAUGAACGGAAAGGCCAUCGACGGCUCCGCCAUCGAGGUCACCCUGGCCAAGCCUGUCAGCAAGGACGUGGGCCGCCGCUUCGGCCAGAGGGGCCAGGGCAGGGGCCCCUACGGGGACGGCGUCCUCCUCCAGGGCAAGGAGGAGGCCGGGGACGGGCCCGGUGGGGCCAGGCCCCUCGGCCUGCCCGGCCGGAUCGGCGGCCCCUACGCCCCGGACGUGGAGCGGUGCGUGUACCCCUUCUUCCCCGGCUCCACCCUCAUGCCCAUCAGCAUGCAGUCGCUGAAGCCCGGCCAGUUCUGCUCGGCCGUCACCCACCUGGAGUACUACUGCAACAAGAACAACUGGUCCCCGCCUGAGUACUACCUGUACUCCACCAGUGGCCAGGACGGCAAGCUCCUGCUCAUCUACAAGGUGGUCAUCCCCAGCACCCGCAGCAGCUUCAUGCCCGACAAGGUCUGCACCAUCCUGGAGGACGCCAAAGAGGUGGCGGCACAGAACACGCUCUGGAGUUUAGACUGCACGUUCCACGGGACGGGGUCCCCCAGCGGCCUGUCGCCCCCGGCGACCUCCGGCACCGGCCUGCUCUCCUACGGGUGCCGCACCUACCCCUACCCAGGGUACCCACUCUCCCCUCCCCUGCCACUGGCCGGCGGCAACGGCCAGAGGGUCUACGUCUCCAACCAGUCCCCCUUCAUCUAG